GAUGGCAGGAUAGCAAGCUCUCAGGAUCCCCCAGCCUCCACUCCCCAGUACUGGGAUUACAGACAUACAAAGCCAUGCCAACUUUUGAUUCAAACUCAGGUCCUCACAGUUGCGUAGAAAAAUGCUUUGUACCCACUGAGCCAGCUUUGUGAGUUCCAUUACUCUUAAAAAGACUUUAUUUUAUGUAUACGAGUGUCUUAGAUAGGGUUUCUAUGACUGCAAUAAAACACUAUGACCAAAGAAACUUGAGGAGGAAAGGGUUUGUCUUCCACACUGUAGUCCGUCAUUGAAGGAAAUCAGGACAGGAACUCAAGCAGGGCUGGAACCUGGAGGCAGAAGCUGAUGUAAGGGGGGUGAAGGGGUGCUGUUUACCAGCCUGCUCAGCCUACUUUCUUACAGUAUUCAGGACCACCAGCCCCAGGAUGGCACCAUCCACAAUGGGCUGGGCCCUUCCCAAACAAUCACUGGUUAAGAGGAUGCCUUACAGGCCUGCCUACAGCUAGAUCUUAUCAAACUAUUUUCUUAAUUGGGGUCCCCUCCUCUUAGAUGAUUUUAGUUUGUGUGAAGUUCUCAUAAAACUAUCCAUCACAAUGCUUUAUCUACAGGUAUUUAUGCACACCAUGUGCAUGCCGGGUGCCCACAGAGAUCAAAAGAAGGGGUCAGCUCCCCCAGAACGGGAGUUAUUGGUGGUUCUGAGCAGCCAGGGUUUGGUGUCCUUCGAGGACGUAGCUGUGGACUUCACUUGGCAGGAAUGGCAGGAGCUGGACAUUGCUCAGAGGACCCUCUACAGGGAUGUGAUGCUGGAGAACUACAGCAGCCUGGUGUGGUUGGGGCAUUGUUUAGCCAAACCUGAGUUGAUCUCCAAGUUGGAAGAAGGAUUUGAACCGUGGAGUAUUGCAGAAGCCACAGAGCAGCACCUAUCAGAUGUCCAUAAAUGGAGUUCCCCAGUUGAAAAGAGCCAGCAAAGUCAAGAGAAGUAUUUGAGGCAAGUCAAAAUCACCAAGAGAAAUACAUCAGAUGAAGAUAAGGUUGAAGUAGAAAACCCAUACAAUGUGGACUCAAACUGUAUUUCAAAUAUGACUGUGAAGAAUGAAGUCUGUUCUAGAAUGUUCGUUCAGGAGCUUGUUAAUCCAUUGCAAGACGUACUUUUGCCUACUGAGGCUGGUGAGAGGCAGGGCACAGAAGUACCUUAUGAUCUGAAUGGAACUCUGGAAGCUCUCCCAUAUCCUGACCAUUUUACUCACCAUAGCAAGGAUCAGUGUUGUUUUCCGUAUUCUGGACCAGAUGAAGCCUUCCACACGAAAGCAAUAUUAACACCUGAGAUGUUUUAUGUUCAGGAAGCCUCUAGGAAGUGCAAUGACUGUGAUAAAUCCUUUGGUGAGGUAGCACUUCCUGCUGAAUAUAUGACUCAGUUAAAAAAGCAAACUCUGGGAUGGAAUAUAUGUCAUAAAACGUUUCCUGACAAGAUCAAACUCAGCAACGAUGACAACAUGCGCAUGGGAGAGAACGAUUUUAAAUGUGAUUACAAGAAACCCAUCCUUGACAAACUAGUAUAUGUUACGAAACAUCCGGAAGCACAUACAGGGAAAGAGCCCCAAGCACACAAGGAAAACAUCAAAUUCUUCUGCCUGGAUGCUGAGCUGCAAACAGUUGGUCAAAAAAUUCACAGAGAGAAACAAAUUUAUGAAUGUAAAGUAUCUGGGAAAACCUUCGGCCACAAGUCGGAGCACAUCAGCCAACAGAGAUCACGUGCCUGUGAGAAAGUCUGCGAGGGUAACGAAAGUAGGGAAGCUCGCUCUGAUGAGCCAGCCCUCACCCAAUGUCAGAGACUUUGCACAGAGGAGACAACCAAUGAGGGUAGAGAAUGCAGUGGGAUUUUCCACCAUAAUUCACUGCUGUCUCAAUAUCAGAGAGCGCAUUCGCAUGAACCGCAAAGUGACUGUAAAGAAUUAAUGAAAAUUUACUUCUACAUAUCAAGCCUCGCCCAGCAUCACAGACCUCAUACCCUUGCGAAACCUUACGGGUGUAAUGACUGCCUGAAGACUUUCUCCCACAAGUCACAGCUCGCUCGACAUCAGAGGACUCACACCGGGGAGAAGCCCCACGAAUGUAAAGAGUGCAGGAAAGCUUUCUGUCACAAGUCACACCUCACUCGGCAUCAGGGAAUCCAUGCCCCUGAAAAGCCCUACGAGUGCCAAGAAUGUAAGAAAUCUUUCUACCUGAGGUCCCAGCUCACGCAACAUCAGAGAACGCACACAGGGGAGAAGCCCUUUGAAUGUAAAGAGUGCAGGAAAGCUUUCUUCCGUAACUCGCACCUCACUCAACAUCAGAAAAUCCACACCGGCGAGAAGCCACAUACGUGCAAGGAAUGCGGGAAUGCGUUCGCCCGCAAGUCACACCUCACUCAACAUCAGAAAACCCACACAGGCGAGAGGCCCUACGAAUGCAAGGAGUGCGGGAAGGCUUUCUCCCGCAAGUCGCAGCUGAUGCAGCACGAGACAACUCACACUGGGGAGAGAGCCUAUGAAUGCAAAGAAUGCAGAAAGACUUUCUAUCUCAAAGCGUACCUCACUCGACACCAGGUAAUCCAUAAAUCUGAAAAGCCGUUUGAAUGUAAGAAAUGCGGGAAAGCUUUCUCCCGGAAGUCAUACCUCGCACGCCAUCAGAAGACACACAAAGGCUUUUCGGAAAAACCCUAUCUGAGUGAGAAACUGUAGGGAUGGAAAUGACGAAGACGGUUCUUAAGCUAGUUGGACUUAACAGGUGAGAAGCCCGGUGCAUGUAGGAAAAUGUGCUACUGUUACAUCUCGGCCUACAUCGGAAAUCCCAUGCCAGUAAAAAACCCUACAAAUGGGAAAGUAUGAGAGAACGUUUUGCGCAUGCGUUAUGCCUCACUCUAGAUCAGAGAGCGCUUAUACCAGUGAGAAGCCGUAGGAAAUGUAGGGGUGCUGUGUUAGAGUUACGCCUCAUCAUCAUACGUGAGUGAAUUGGUACAAGUGAGAAACUCUAUGACUAUAAAGGAUGUAGGAGCGCUGUAACACAACAAGGGGAGAUGUAUCCAAGCAUAAAUCCUGUAAACAAUGCAGAAAAACUGCCUACCAUCAAGCAACUCACUAGCUGCCUGACAACUUACAACUGCUAUUUACGUUUCAACAACAAGGGAAAUUUUUCAACAAGGGAGGCCCCACUGUCUGACAGAAAACUCACACAGGUGAAGCCACGCUAAUCUAGGGGAGUUUAGAGAGCCCCGGCAGGUAAGGAACCCCAUGAGGGUAAAUGAUGUUGAGAUGUUUCAAGGGGCAUUUGCUUUUAAUCUCUGCUUUCUCAGUGCCGCUGCUUCCGUUUCACUCAUACUGAGACAAGGCUAGCCUGGACAAUGGAGUAAUACACCUGAGACAAGGCUAGCCUGGACAAGAGUAAUACACCUAUCUUUUUUUUUUCCUUGAGACUAGAUUUCCCUAUGUAGACCAGGCUAGCUUCAGAAUCAUGGAAAUUGACCUGCCUCUGCCUCUGCCUCUGCCUCUGCCUCUGCCUCUGCCUCUGCCUCUGCCUCUGCCUCUGCCUCUGCCUCUGCCUCUGCCUCUGCCUCUGCCUCUGCCUCUGCCUCUGCCUCUGCCUCUGCCUCUGCCUCUGCCUCUCUGCCUCUCUGCCUCUGCCUCUCUGCCUCUGCCUCUCUGCCUCUGCCUCUGCCUCUGCCUCUCUGCCUCUGCCUCUCUGCCUCUGCCUCUCUGCCUCUGCCUCUGCCUCUGCCUCUGCCUCUCUGCCUCUCUGCCUCUGCCUCUCUGCCUCUGCCUCUCUGCCUCUGCCUCUGCCUCUGCCUCUGCCUCUCUGCCUCUGCCUCUCUGCCUCUCUGCCUCUGCCUCUCUGCCUCUGCCUCUGUCUCUACCUCUGCCUCUGCCUCUCUGCCUCUCUGCCUCUGCCUCUGCCUCUCUGCCUCUGCCUCUGUUCCUCCCCCACAAAGGAUUAAAGGCAUAUGCUACCACACCUGACUUGUAGUAAGAUGUUUUUAAUAAAGAAGGUUCAGGCAAACUGUAUUGGACACUCUCCUUAUAGGAUAUGGGAAACACACCAUUUUGGAACCAUAUGUAAGUAUUCUAAAAAAAAAAAAAACUUAUAGUGGGAUUUAGAAUCUGGCUGGAAUCAGAAUACCACAAAGACAGAAGCACAAGAAGAGUAUAGGGACAGUGCUGCUGUACACGUCCAUUCUAGAAGCCUCCAUAUGUCAGGGUUGUGGCCUUCCUCAAAGUCACACAUCUGCAGUCAUCGCAUCACUGGAGACAUCCUCAUACCAAUCCUUCCAAAUUCAUAUAGGCAGCCUGCUUCAUCCAUAUGCCAAAAUUAGUUGCAGUUAAAUGACAAUGCUUUCUUGGGUUGCAUUCAGUAAAAUAAACCUUAAUCAAUUUUAA